AGAGAGUGAGGAAGCGUCCACCAAGAGAACAUGUGGUCUACAUGCAGUUAACCUUUGCAACUCUGCUUUGCCAAACACACACUCUCUCUCAUAGUCUCAUUUCUCAAGUCUCGACUCUCCUCCUCGAGCAUCAGCAACCGCCUUUGCCGUUGUUGAGACUUCGCAGGCGGUUCAGAUAAAUCGCUCUCUAAACAUUUCCAAUCCCACCUCCUUUCAAGCCUAUAUCAGGCUCUACAAGUAGAAGACGCCUAAACACACGCACACACUCUAUCUCUCUCCGUCUCUCAAGAAUUCUCCAAAUUCUGAGAAAACCAACACCGGAUACAAGUACGACCACCGUCUAUGGCUGCCGGAAUUGCCGUCGCAGCCGGCGCCCAGACAGUCUGUUUCCGGGUCAACUCAUUUCUAACCCGAAAACCCACCUCCCUAGUCGCAGAUAGCCUGACUUUUUCCCCUUUAGCCCAGCAAUUCAGCACAACUCGGAGGCAUCGAAGGAAGCCCAGGUUGACGGUUUGUUUUGUGCUGGAGGAUGAGGAAUUGAAAGCCCAGUUGGUGACAAGCGAGGAGGAAGCCCGAGAGCGCGAGAAAGCGAUGGCGAAGCGGAUCUCUGAUGCAAGAACGGCGGAGAAACUAGCCAGGAAGAGAUCGGAGAGGUUCACUUAUCUCGUUGCGGCCGUCAUGUCUAGCUUCGGAAUUACUUCCAUGGCAGUUCUGGCUGUUUACUACAGAUUUGUUUGGCAAAUGGAGGGCGGAGAGGUGCCUUAUUCGGAAAUGUUUGGCACAUUUGCUCUUUCAGUUGGUGCAGCUGUGGGAAUGGAAUUCUGGGCGAGAUGGGCUCACAAAGCGCUGUGGCACGCUUCGUUAUGGCACAUGCACGAGUCACACCAUAGACCAAGAGAAGGGCCCUUCGAGCUUAACGACGUUUUCGCCAUAAUCAACGCCGUCCCUGCCAUAGCCCUCCUUUCUUAUGGCUUCUUCCACAAGGGCCUCAUUCCUGGCCUCUGCUUCGGUGCCGUGAGUGCCUUCUCUCGUUCACAAUCGCUCAAGAUUGUAUUCGUCCCGUGCGCUUUUUAUACUGAAAGUUAUGAUUUUGACGUGCAGGGCCUUGGGAUUACAGUGUUUGGCAUGGCUUACAUGUUCGUCCACGAUGGUCUGGUGCACAAGAGAUUUCCGGUUGGUCCCAUUGCAAAUGUUCCUUACUUCAGAAGAGUUGCAGCUGCACAUCAGCUGCAUCAUUCGGACAAGUUCAACGGCGUCCCAUUUGGGUUGUUCUUAGGACCAAAGGAACUUGAAAAAGUAGGGGGGCUUGAAGAGCUGGAAAAGGAAAUCAACCGGAGAAUCAAGUUGCGUAAGGGUUCAUAAAAGGGUCAAAUUAAUUCAACGGGGCGCAUUUUGUCGCGGCUGUAGAAAAAAAGAAAAGAGGGGGUUCGACCUAAUAUGGACUUGAUUUUGACCUCGUAUUUGACUAGUCAAAGAGUUUUAAGGAACAGAGAGACUCGAGCAAGGAUUUUGAGUAAUUUAAUCCGGUCCCUGUCCAAAUUUAGUUGCUUCUUGCAGUACUCUUUGCGGCAAUAGCAAUGUGUUGCUUAGCGUGUUAAAUUACUAGGUCCGUUCGCUUGUAACUUGUACAAAUUGACGUCCAAUCACAAUUGUACCGGAAAUUUCAUAUGGAAAAGGACGGCCAAUUAAGGGAAAAGGAAA